AUUGUUGGCCAUAGAAGGUCCAAGAUUGUCAUUGCAAUGUUUAUGUUUAGAGUACUGUAAAUCUAAAACGAAAACAAUAUGGAAAUUGAAAAGACGCCCCCCAAUGCGGCAACUUCCGACACGAAUUCCACAUGUGAGUACAUGGAUGCUGAAGGUGAGCCGGAAACGGACGCGGAUCUCAGUGCAAGCGAUCUCUACCAGGAGGCGGUACACGGCGCCGAGGCCGAACAGCAAGGCCAUAGUAUUAUCUCGGUGCUGCGCGAUGAGCUGGUCCCUCAAACGCGUAACAAUUUGAGCCCAGACUCAGAAACAGCCGCAACAACGGGACAAUCAAAAGAUUUGGCCGCUUCCGUAGAGUCGCUAGCGCUGAGCACCUCCACCAGUGCCAAGACCGAGGACAGCGGCAGCACGAACGCCCUUGACGAAGACUUAUACGAUUAUCAGCACGACAGCGUGUGGCGUGGGCAAAAGAAACACAUCUUCAUUCUGAGCGAAGCGGGUAAGCCGAUUUACUCACUGCACGGCAACGAGGAUAAGCUGGCCACGCUCUUUGGCGUCAUUCAGGCAUUGGUAAGCUUUGUGCAGCUUGGCCAGGAUGCAAUUACUUCCAUACAUGCAGGCAGCAUUAAGUUCGCCUUCAUGCAGCGCAACUCGCUGAUCCUAGUGGCGGCUUCCCGCACAAAUAUGAGCGUGCAACAGCUGCAGCUCCAACUGAGCGAUGUCUACUAUCAAAUACUCUCUACGCUUACCUAUUCACACAUGUCCAAGAUCUUUGAGAAGCGGAAAAAUUUUGAUUUACGACGUUUGCUGUCCGGCAGCGAGCGAUUGAUCUUCAAUCUGUUGGCCAAUGAUAGCAGCCAUGCCAAGGUUACGAACAACAUUUUUACCUUUUUGACCAAUUCGAUACGAGUCUUUCCGCUGCCCACAGCGGUGCGUUCCAAUAUUGUUAGCGCUAUACAGAGCAACUGCUCGAAAAUCAAGAAUCUAGUGUUUGCGGUGCUAAUAGCCAACAACAGAUUGAUCACACUGGUGCGCUUAAAGAAAUACUCUAUUCAUCCGGCGGAUUUGCGUUUGAUAUUCAAUUUGAUCGAGUGCUCCGAGUCGUUUAAGCACUCUGAGAAUUGGACGCCCAUUUGCCUGCCUAAAUUCGAUAUGAAUGGCUAUUUACAUGCGCAUGUUUCGUAUUUAGCUGAUGAUUGUCCAGCGUGCCUGCUGCUCAUGUCCGUGGAUCGAGAUGCAUUUCACACUCUGUCAGAGGCCAAGGAACGCAUCACAGAGAAACUACGCCGCAAUCUAUGCCUGCAGGCAAUUAACGACGAGCUAAAGCAACCCCACAAUGAGAAACUGUAUCAGCAGGUGCAAUGCAUGCCUGAGCUGCGACAUUUUCUUUACAAGCCAAAGGCUACGGCCCAGCUGCUCUGUCCCAUGCUCAAGCAUCCGUAUAAAUCGCUGGCCGAAUUUGAACGACUGGAAGCUAUUUACUGUGAUCUAUUGCAUCGCAUACACAACAGCUCGCGGCCUCUGAAACUCAUAUAUGAGGUGAAGGAGCGUGAGGUGGUGCUCGCCUGGGUGACGGCAACGUAUGAACUAUAUGCUGUCUUCGAGUCUAUUGUGGAUAAGGCAACGGUCAUUGAUUAUGUGGCCAAGUUGAUCAAAUGGAUCGAGAAGGAAUACGACGUGUUCUUUAUACGUAAUCAUCCGACCUUUUAAAACUUUU